UUCACAAUCCCCCAUAUUUCUUUUUCAUAUUUCCCUUUUAUCUCUUCUACAUCUCUCAUCAGAGAAUCAUCAAUCUUCAUAUUUACACCACAGUAGCAAGCAUCUCCAUUAAUAUCAAUGGAGACAAAUCCACCAACCUCUGAAUUAAUGUCGCCGGUCCGUAGUUUCCCAAACCGGUUCUUUUGCAGCGACUUCCAAAACGAUGAAGAAUUUAAUGCUCCAGCAUCUGCAUACACUUAUAUGCAUGUUGAUUGUUCUCGGUCAUCUGAAGCCCCUGUUAGAUCCCCGGAUGUUUUGGUAUCCAACAAUUUCAUGAAAAACGCGGUUAUUGAUGACCAGGAUAUGGAUAUUGAUGAAGCAUCCCAAGAUUCCCAGAUGGAAGCCAUGACUGUUGCUGUUUCUGGAUCAUCUCAUGGUCCUUCUAUGUUUGCUGAAUCACCACGCGGCCAGUUAGACGGUCCUUCGAAUCCAUACUUUGUUUUUGAUACCCCCCAGGGAACCCGUUACUGGAUUCCUAAUGUUGCUGAUAAGUUCAUACCGGUGUGUGGCAAAACUUAUCCAACCUUUCAGGAUGUUCUUUCCAUGUAUGAACUUUAUGCGCUCGAAGCAGGUUUUUCUGUUAAAAAAGGUCAAACUAAAGUCUGGAAUGGAAUUCCCACACACAAGUAUCUCCGAUGCUCAAAAUAUGGAAAACCCCAACCAAAGCGGACUUUUGACACCCUAGAUGAAUCUUCUGUUAAGCACCGGAGGACCACCUUCUCAUGGUGUGACUGUAAGGCAAGCAUACUAGUAUCGAUAUCGAACGAUUCAUACACAGUCCUGACUUUCAAUGAUAUUCAUAAUCAUGAACUUGUUGAGAGUUACAACCGUGAUCUUAGUAAGAUAUCACGGAAACUGUCAUUCUCCACGAAACAAUUCAUUCAUAACAUGAGUCUAAACCGCAUCGGACCAAUGAGGUCUUAUAGAUGCCUUGUAGCUUUAAAAGGAGGGCAUCACAAUGUCAAUGGGACACCGGUCGAUUUUAAAAACUUUAGCCACCAGCUGCGAAUUUUUAUUGGUGAACGCGACGCACAAGUUUUCCUUGAACGCUUGCGUGAGCGUUAUGACAACCUACCCAACUUCUUUUUUGAUUACACCGUAUCAAACGGAAAGUUGUCCUCUGUAUUCUGGGCUGAUGAGAUUUCAAAGCUUAACUACAAAGCUUUUGGCGAUGUCCUAGCGUUUGAUGCAACUUACAGCACAAACAGGUUAGCCCCCCUCCCCUCUAACAUAUGUUAGGCCUGAUCCCCAAGUAUCCAAUUUUAACCCCAAAAAAGUUGUUCAUAUUGUUAACAUCAAAUCAAUUUUUUUGUUCAUUCACGGGUGUGGAUCAUCAUUUCCAAUGUGUUACAUUUGGAGCUGGUUUGAUAUCAACCGAGUCAAUUGAAUCUUACGUGUGGUUGCUUAAGGCUUUCUUGAAGGCACACGGUACUCAACCAACUCUCAUGCUGAGUGAUCAAGACCCAUCCAUGCUACAAGCUGUUCCUAUGGUCUUUACAGAAUCACGUCACCGUCUAUGCAUGUGGCAUAUAAUGAAAAAACUACCCUCCAAGAUCUCAGCCGACGUGCUCGAUAACACUGAUCUUCGGUCCUGCAUUCAUCGGUUGGUUUGGAAUGUUUAUAUCAAACCUGAAACGUUUGAGUCCCGCUGGAAUGACCUCCUACAAACAUUUGGGCUUCAAGAGCACAGCUGGUUGAACGACAUGUACAACAUGAGACAUCUCUGGGUUCCAGCCUACUUUAGAGAACUGCCCAUGUGUUGCUUGAUGAAGACCACCUCCCGCUGCGAAAGCUCUAACGCUGCCUUCAAGGUUAACUCAACAAGCGCAAACACCCUUGUACAAUUUAUGAUGUGCUUUGAAAAUAGGGUAGACAGCCAACGAUAUCGUCAACGUGUUUCGGAGUUCAAAACCUCUUCUACCAUGUUCACUGGCAAUACUGAGUUAGCGAUAGAACAACACGCGUUCGCCAUUUACACAAACGCUGUUUUCGCCCAAGUUCAAAAAGAAAUAAUUAAAGGGAAGUUUUUAUGCUACAUCACAAACCAAAGCGAGACGAGCGAUUGCAGUCUUCUGAUAGACGUCACUCAUUUGGAUAAAAGGAACAACAUCACAAACGUCUAUCAGGUUACGUAUAACAAUGUUGAUCAAUCGGCCAAUUGCUCAUGCAGGAAUUUCACACGUAUCAGGAAUUAUCAGGAGUAUUUUGUUGUUCAUGACAUCGGCAUCAAAACUGGUGAUACAUUUCGGUUUAACUUCUCAAAUACUAACACCGCUCUAUCUUCUGCCGCUGCUGUCUCCAGCCAUCUGAGGUCUUUGAAUCAAGGGAGCAAUAACACCACUGGCGGUGAUAAGCGGGAGGUGUUUGGCGGUCUUAUAUUCACUUCUCCUGAUGCGUCAUUCUUUGGCCAACCAGACGUUAACAGCUCGCCGUUUCUAGACAACUUCCCCGGUGUUGCAUUUGGGGGGACAUUUUGUAGCAGGGUGAUUGGACGUAGUGUUUUAACCCCGUACAUUAAAGAAUUUCAAGAACCGAAGGCGGUGGGAUGUUGCGUGCACGCGUACUGUGCUGUCUAUUUAGUCAUGUCCUACACUAUGGUUUGAUUAGAGAUUUUCUAAGAAUCCGUGAAAUUAGUUAAAGUGGUUUUGUGUUGGGAUUGGGACGGAUAGAAAGGACAAACCUUUUGGUAGCGAUCGUUUCACGGAAUGGAAUGGAAUCUUGAUGGAUUUGAAA